GGACAACGCCAUUGCCAAAUUUUGUUUCUAACCAGCCUCAAAAAGUCGCGACUCGAAAGCUAUAGCCAAGUCACCAGAUUAGUUUAUUUUGUCACAUCGUAGAUUUCUAUCAGGUGAAGCUAGGAGGAAUACGUACAGGUUCGACCCUUACACAUGAUAAGUUUCUAUUCUCAGUCUCCAUCUCAUGUCCCUCAUGGUAAGUUUUGAAUCCAUAACUACAAAUACUCCACAUGGAACACAGAUUAAAUCCAUAUAUCUAACAAAUUUAUAGCAAAUCUUAUCUUUUCUUCAUUCCUCAAAGUCAGGCUUGUUAAAAGCAUCUAUCGAAUCAAAUUCACAGCAAGAUGAUGCGAUCAAAGUCUCAAGAUACCCGAAAGAUCCCACCUCGUACAGCACAAACCCAAGCCGUGCCUUCAAACAAUAGGGAAAUCAACCAAACGAGUGAAGUAGCUUUCAAAAGAACUAUUCCAGGCACAAAUGGUGUAAUAGCUAACACGACAAAGCGUUUUCAUCAUGGAAUUUGGAUUGAACCAUCAGCCAAAGAGUCUGAUCUAGAUUGUAGCCCUACUGACCAGCAGUGGAUAUUUGCUAAUAGUUUCAGUUCGGGAGAUAGUCUAGUCUCGCAGAAAGUUGAGAACAAGAUGUUUAAGCUUCUUCCAAAAACAGUUGCGGAAACGGAGAAGACAGAGGUGAAAGAGAAGAUAUCGAAGGCAUUCGUUGUAAAUACAAAGACAAUGAAUCUACCUGAGCCCGAUUCAACAUUCGAGACGCUUGAGAGUACGGAUAGAAGAAGUCGGCGAACACAUACAAAGGUCAAAACAUAUAAUGAUAAGACCUUGGCUAGGGGAGCUGUAUCUUCGAGUAGUGAGCAUCAAAGUGAUAGUGAUAUUUCAGAAAACACUACCCGGCAACAAAUCGUAUCACCUAAACAGCCUCAAAUGGCGAUGGAAGAUCCAGUCAGAUCACACGUUAGAUCAGAAUCUAGGUCGUUGGGCACGGAGCAUGAAGAUAUUAAGAGAAGAAGUCGACGAGCACAUCCGAAGGUCAAGACUUACAACACUAAGGUUCUAUCUGGCACAGCUAUACAUACUCCGACGAAGUUCAUAAAAGAUUACAAUCUAGGGGUUGAAGAACGGAGACAAAGUCUGCCACCUGGACGACGUAGAUGAAAGGGAAAAGUUUAAAGUACUCUGUACCAAGCAGACAUCGGAUUCACAGUUUGAGAAGCGUAGAUAUUGAAAAUCUCGGGAGAUACUGGAAGCAUAUGGAACUCCACAACAUCAUCCGUAUUGUUUACCCUGGCAAUCUUUACCACAAAAUAUUCCACUUUUGUGUAUCAUGAGAAAGUCACAUCAAGGCGUAGAGAAUUUAUCAAUGGAGUGGAGAUUAAAACUGGAGGAAACACAUGUUGAGGAAUUCAAUGAUUCUGCCUGGAGGGGACCAGCGAGCUACUUCUAAAGCGAAAUAGAACUGCAACA